AUGAUAACGGAGAUGCCAUUGAAACAUGUGGAAAAGACUUUUGAGAAAGUCAAGCAGGGGCAGCUUGAUACUAUUGCAUUGCAAUACAUAAACGAACAGCAAGACGGAAAGGUGAUUGUUGUAUUGGGGGAGAAAGCCCGAGUGGAGGAGUUUGCUCUGAAUCUGGAUAUCGAUUGCAUCUGGGUCCAUGGCGAUCUCGAAGCUAAGGAAAAGGUGAAGAGGAUACAGAACUUUAAAAAUCAGGAUACCAAGGUGCUAGUGGGGACAAAGCUGGUUUGCGAGGGCAUUGACAUAGCCGAGAUGCGACUGGUGCUUCUUGUGGGGUACGUGCCGCCAGUUUCGACAUACAUCCAGAUGGCAGGACGUUUGAGAAAGGCGGGGAGGUGCGUGACACUCUGGAACAAACGGUCGUUACACAAAGAUUCCAUGCGUGUGCGGAACUACGCCAAGGCGAUACGCGAGUUUUAUGGGUUAGAGGAGGAAGCUGGUGAAGAGAUCGGAGGUGGGGAGACCGCAGGUGAGGAGAUCGGAGGUGAGGAGACCGCAGGUCGACUGGAUAUUGAUGAAGAAGGUAUAGGUGUACCGGAUUUUGGUGAUGAGGAAACUGCAGGUGUACCGGAAGAUGGAGUGGACACUCGUGAAGAAGAAACUACCGGUGGUCUUGGCAUUGCUGAUGUACAGCCUGAAAAUAGACCGCUAAGAGAUACACACGACAACACAAGUCAAAUAAUGAGACGUGAAGAUCCGACAACAGGUACAGCGGAUAAUGCUCGUGAGAACAUUUCUUCUCUUGUUUAUCAAGAAACUCUCUCCUCUGCUAGUCCUUCCGCCUCUACCGAUCCCAUCUCGACCAGCGAAAGUGUUCUCUCGCCUGCCCCCUUCGCGAGUACUCCAGACUCCCCUUCACUCCCCCCUCUAUCUAAAAGACAACAAACUGACUCUCCCCUCAAGAUCCGCGUCAAACAACUGUACCAGAAUGUAUCCGAUAUAUUUGCAUUUCUAGACAUCCCCAGGCCCCUUCUCUACGCCAUGUAUGGAACAGACUACAGAUACUUCAACUCGAACAUCUUUCUCGCCAAGAGGAACUGGUGUACCGGGUGUCUCAUGUCGGAGGUUACCUGUAUCUGCUGGGAUAACAGUGUGUCCGUUGCGAAGCUGGGCAGUGAUGUCAUGUGCGUUCUUCGAAUGAUAUACGAUGGCGAUCAGUUUGACAGCUGGUACAGGCGGUGUCAGAGUAUAGGAAUCCAGAAUUUGAUGGUUGAGUUUGGAGAGCAGAAGGACAUGCUGAGACGUCUAUUCAUGCAGCGCUAUUCGAACUACGUGGCGCUGGUGGAGAAGCAGGGUAUCAAGCGGGGGCAUCUAUUCUUACAUGGCACCGUUGCUGCUCAGACUAUGUACAACAAUACAUGGAACAGCCUUGCCACAAGGCAGGCAGACGUACUGGUAUUCUUCGGCGAUGGUGGGAAAGUCGAGACUUGUCCUGAAAUGUGGAGGUGCAGAAACAUACACGACAUGCGUAGACUACUGGAGUCGCGCCGACAGAGAUAUGGAAAUCUGCCCUUGAUGAAAGAGUACGAGUAUCGCAUGGGGUAUCUGCUGGCGCAGUUUGAAAGUGAGGCGAUACGCAACUUUGUAUUUCAGAGUACCAGGGAUACAUACAUCAGGAAAGACAAAGGACAGAAGGUGGUGCAGCCACUUACAUGGGAGCUGUUCCUCUUGAUGCAGUUUGCUCUCUUUCAUGAUGAGGGUUACCGGAGACGAGUGGAGGCUACGUUCCCGGAGCUUACCAGAACGAAUCUCUUUCCGCAUUGGCUUCGGAUGAUGUCCGUGCGUGUUGAUGUCCAAGCCAGAGGUGGGGCGGACUAUCGUUACGUGUACUUUAUGGCGAGCAUGCUAUGGAGGAAGGAGUGUAAGAGUAUAUAG